AUGACCCGAAUGACGUUCACCGUACUUCGUGCUGUGCGACGGAUACAAUUGAAUGUGAAGCAUAUCAAUAUCACUUCAGUGAGAGUCUACCGGGACUCUGAAGAGAUCAACAUCGAUGAGAUUUCCGAAGAACAUCCACAGUUGCUGGAUAUUUUCACGUCUGUUGAUCUACAACCGGGAACUGACUACAGCUUAGCCCUCAAAUUCAGAACAUUUAUCACCAAUCCGAGGUUUGCUGGGAUAUUCGUAGCCCCCUACCGACAUGGAUCAGAGAGCAGGUAUCGAUUAUUCACUUCUCCCACAAAAUGA